UAUUCCUCCUAUUUAUAUAUCUCUUCUUUAUGUUUCAUGAAGUUUCUUCUUGUUUCCCAGUUCGCAACCGGGGAGUUUUGAUCUAUAUCUUGCUUAUUUGUAGUGUAAUUUCCUGGAAAAUUGUGCUGUUUGUGCACUUCCUUUACAAUGGCUUGAAGUUCAGAACAGAUGGAAAUCCUUCUUAAUCUUGUUAUAGAAGUUUGUGGCUACCAUGUCUAUUGUACUGUAUUUGGGGUCUGAUUGGAAAUUUUAUUGCUAUUGGUAAACUCUCUCAUAGUUCUUCAAUAUCCUGAGAUGACUGCAAAUCCCAUCAUCUGCUUUCCAGAAUGUAUGACGAGCAGGGAUUAUCUGGAAGAUGAUGUAGACUGUGUGUUCAAUGAAGGUGUUUUGUCAAGAACUUUAUUUGCUAGUGAAGACAGCAAACCGGCCCCUAAGAAUCAAGCGAGAUGUAAGAAGAUUCCAGUUAAAGAAACCACUUCUGUCUAUUAUUCCAAGCAUGCAAAUGGAAAGAAGAUGAUCAAUGAAUAUGUAAAAGAGCGGAAGAUCAGUUGCAGAAAAUAUGGGAAAGUGGUAUUAUACCGAAACAGCAACAACGGAAUGCUAUUUGCUAUCAAGAUAUUUUAUAAGCGCGGUUUGCGGAAGGUGCAUAUAACACCUUCUCAAACAGCUAUGAGCAACGUUCUUAGGGAGGUCUCAAUUAUGAAGAUGUUGGAACACCCUAAUAUAGUUAAUCUUGUUGAAGUGAUUGAUGAUCCAAAAUCAGAUUAUCUCUAUAUGGUUCUCGAGUAUGUGGAAGGCAAUGGGAGAUGCAACAUUUCUGAAACUCAAGGAGUGGAUGAGACAACAGCUCGAAGAUACUUCAAGGACAUACUUGCAGGGAUCAUUUAUCUGCAUAAUCAUAAUGUUGUGCAUGGAGAUAUAAAGCCUGAAAACCUUUUGCUCACCAAAAAUGGAAGGGUAAAGAUUGGAGAUUUCGGUGUUAGCUAUGUUUUUGAGGAUGACAAUGAUGAAUUCUGGAGAUGCCUUGGAACACCUGCUUUCACAGCGCCUGAGUGCUGCUCAGAUAUAGUUUACCAUGGGAAAGCUGCAGACACAUGGGCUAUGGGCAUUACCUUAUACUACAUGGUAGUAGGCUGCUACCCUUUUAUCGGUGAUGGCAUACUCGAUACUUAUGACAAGAUAGUUAAUACUCCUUUAUCAUUCCCCAAAGAAUUGGAUCCAGAACUAAAAGAUCUGCUCCAAGGCCUUCUCUGCAAAGAUCCAAUGCAACGAACUACCUUAACUGCUGUGGCUGAGAAUCCGUGGGUGAUGAGGGAGGGUGGUACAGUGCCUCAUAGGCUGUGUGGCUGCAAGCUCAGAAACAUCCAACCAUGAAACCCCUGUUUCUUGAAUUGGUUAUUCUUGUGGGUCUCUGCAAUUACCAUUUUUAAGCCAAUAUUACGGCAAUGAUCAUUCAUUUCUAUGUACAAAAUACUUAUCUCAAUGCAAUCUGAAGAAUUCGAGUCAA